GCCACAGCAGCUAGAGCUUUGUAAUCGACCAUGGAAAUCGAUUACGAAGAACGGAAAAAACACGAAGAUGAUCCGUUUCUGGCUUUUGUAGAGUACGCUAGGUCGGUGCUAUCGCCGGAGGAGGAGGAGGAAGGAGAAGGAGACGAGGAGGGUUACGAUCGGAGUGGGCCAGGGUGGAGCUGGAUCGCGUUUCGGAUCCUCAAGACUUGUGUUGCUUACUCCAGCGGAGUAACUUCUGCUAUUUUGCUCUCCGAUCUGUCUCAGGCAUGGAAUGAGCAACAUAGAGCAGGUGCUCCUAAGAGAAGGCCAGAGUGUAUAAAUCAAUUGAAAAAGAAGCAUAGGAGAACAAAGCUUCCAAACACAGUCACCAUUGACUCUAUAUACGAGAAGAACUUCUUGUCCCUAGCUAAUGUGUUGGAAGCUGUGGUUGUUGAGGCAUUUGUUCUCCCAGGUACGAAUAUCUACAUGCUUACUUUGGGGGACUACUGGAGUUCCAAUACUAUAGAUCUUUAUCUUCAUCGUAGAUACUACAACUUGGUGAAUCCUUCCAAUGGAAUUUUGAGGAAAGGGAGGGAGGUUUUCCUCACUGGUUGCUAUCUCCGGACUGCCAGAGAAGGAUCUGGUAGUCCACGCCUUCUGCCAACAGAAUAUCUUGUGAUAUUAUUGGAUGAGGAUCUGGAUGAUGAUGCGAUACUUAUAGGAGCCCAGUUCUGCUCGGAUUCUUUCUCUUCCAUUUCUCUUGAUGCAGUCAACAAUGGUGUUUCUUAUUCGUUGUAUGCCAGGAUUGAUUCUAUUGGAUCACUAGAAGUUCAGGGAAAACUUGACAAUUUAGAAAGGAGGCAAAUCACUCUUGUUGAUAAUGAUGGUGUGAAACUAAAAUUUCUCCUGUGGAAUGAGCAGGUAAUCCUGGCCAAUCUAUUCAGUGUUGGAAGUAUGCUUGCACUGGAUAGGCCAUAUAUUGCCAGUACUGCAGGGAGCAACAUUGAAACAGACCAUGAAUUUUAUCUUGAAUAUGGAAGUGCAACACAGUUAUAUUUAGUUCCCUUCAUCCAACACGAGGAACAAGUAUCUGUAGCAUUGACACCAAACCGAUAUCAAGGAUCAAGGCUGCUCGGUGCUGUUGAUCCUACUCAGGGUCCAAGACUCUCUCAAGUGACCUUGCCCUGUGAUUCUCAGGGGUCUAUUAAUUUCAGUGAUUAUCCUUUUCAGUCAUUUAUUGUUAACCUUCGCGACAAGAUGACUGGCAUAAGCCUCUAUGGUGUGGUUAGAGACAUUUUUCGGGAAAGAAAUACUUCAGAGGUUGUUUUCUCUUUGAAAAUUGAAGAUACAACUGGAGCAAUUUGGGCAAAACUACACUUUUCACAAUCUUGGUCACUAGGAAGAUUGAGCCUAGGUCAAACUGUUUAUAUUUCUGGCUUGACAUGCUCUAAGACAAAAUACAAUUGCUUUCAAGUGGUAUGGUUUGAGAAGGAUGCUGGAGCUUCUUUUGUUAACCUUAGUUGCUUGCCAGCAUUGUUGAACUCAUCUUGCCUUCACAAACUAACAUGCCUGUCCGAUAUCAAAAGCCAGACUAGCUCUAUGCAUAUUUGUCAUGUCAGGCUCGAUCCAGUUGCUCGUUGUCAUGUUAGCACAAGAUUUUCUCAUGCUCUUUGUGGUCACUUUGUCAAAGAGAUGCCUAGUGGGGUUCUUGAGUGCAGUUUCUGUCUUUGUAGCUGCAAUGCUGAAAUCCUGCGUUCUUUUCACUUGAAAAUCACCCUUGCAGAUGAAAAAGGAAGUCAGGCUAAAAACAAGCAUGAAAAUGGAAAACUUUUUGCAUGGUGUACUGGUCAAACAGCCAUGGAGUUGUUGCAAAUUUCACCUGAUGAAUUUUAUGGGCUGACUGAGGAUGAGCAAAUUAUGUACCCUUAUUCAUUAGGGAACGAGAGAUUCACAGUUGCAUUAGUGAACUGCGAAAAGCAGGGUUAUGGAUCCAAUGACAAUCUAGUGCAAGAGAUUGACGGAGUUUCCUGGGAGAUUACCCGUGCAAUCAAGCGUGAUUAAUUUGGUUUGCAUUCAAAGAAGGAUAAAAUCAAGCGCCUUGGAAUCAAACGGGAAAUGGUAGCAAGGAUUUGAAGGUCAGCAUGAGGCUCUGCAGUUUUUUCAGCAUGAAUCUAAAGGGUUUCCGAAGAAUUGAACAUGCAAAAUGAGAUAUAUAUGAUAACUUCUCUGGAGGAUAACAGGCCCACGAGGAAGGAAGAUCCGUAAUUACGGUAAGUAUCUUCCACUCGAGGUUUCUUUAUCUCCCAAAUGCAUUGUAAUUUGUUGCAAUUUUCAUGCAGUUUAGAAUUAUGCAACCUGAAGAGUCAUUUCCUUCCAUUUUUUUUUUAUCAAUGAAAAAUAUGAAAAAGU